AUAGGUUACCAUUGUUCACCGAUGACAAUUACUUAUUUUUUAUAUUGUUUUACUUUCCAAUCUAAAUAUUCAUUGUUUUUGGUGGCAGUUGACAGUAUACCCCUACCUGUGUGCCCGACCUGCUGAAGAAUAGUAUGUGAGGACCCUUACAGACAAUGAAGCCUCAUUGUAUGUGGACAUGGGGUUAGAGGAACUAGAGGUGGGUGCCGAUGGACAGCCUACACAGGAAGCCUUACAGAGCCAGGCUGAAAAGCUUGCUGAAAAGUUAGUUGAGCAAGCAGAAGCAGCAAAUAUUUUUAAGGAGGUUUCACCACCUCCAGCACCUGAGGCACCUGAGGUUCCCCCAUCAGCAUCUCAUGCCAGCACCUCCUCCCAAGCUGAGCAACCAGGCUACUCUAUGAUUUUAGCCAAGUUGGAAAAUGUUGAAGGGCAACGAAGUGCCCUUAUUAAAGGUCAGUCCGAGAUCUUGGGUCAAUUGCAGAAGCUGAUGACAAUGAUGGAAGAUCUUAGUAGGCCAGCUCCAGAUCCACACCCUCAGUCCACUGAAGAAGGCCCUCGGUCUCCUGUAGAUGAAGACAUUCUCCCUAACGAUUACAAACCUGAUGAUGUAGAUGAUCACAUUUUUCGCACACCAGAGGAUAGGCAAAUUACUGUAAUCGGAGAUACUGAAGAUUCUGAAGUACAAUUCUUAGACAUAGCUCCACCAGCAUCGGAGAAGAGGAGAGAAAGAAAGAGGCCUAGGUGGUUCGAUGAGUACACUGCAAUGAAGAAAAGGAAUAAGAAAUCGAAGACAGCAGUGAAUGUGGAUCCAUUGAGGGUUGUUGAUGGUAAAUUACUUAUGACCUUUCACAAGUGGUUGCUUGGCACCAUUGGGAAUAAAUAUCCGAGGGAAUGCUUCUCAGAGACACACGAUGCUGCUUGGUUCCUGAAACUGCAUACUCCGAGGACAUGGCUUUCUGACUCUCAUUUAGAUGCAGCAUUCCAUCUCAUGAGGAGGCGUCUACAAUUUUAUCCUGACGUGUACCCUCAGAACUGUGUUGUUAUGCCUACAAUUUUUCCCGAAUCAUUGAAGGCUCGGGGGGAUGCUUUUCCAGGUUCUGACUACUCUAGCUUUAGUUGGGAUGACAGUAUAUUGGACCUGGUUAGGGGUGAUACAGUCCAGUUCUUACCGAGUUGGCAGAACAAGGAGUUCAUUUAUUUUGCCCUCUUCUUGAAAGACCAAUUGCAUUGGGUAGCUGUAGAGGCAGACCUGAAUGGGUGGAUGUUCAACAUCUUUGACUCCAGUAUUGGAUCAAUUUCCGAAAACGAUUUGAUUAGUUUGAUGGUUAACUGGUGUACCAUUUUCCCGUCGGUCUUGCGACAGUCCGGUUUAUUUGAGAACCAUGACGUUAUACUCGUGCCUCAGUUGACAGCAUCAGAGAGCCAGGUCAGACCCUUCGAUUGGAAACUCACUCCACAUGAAUUCGUACCGCAAACAAAAUCCAGGUGA